AGUAGCACCGACGAAUUCGAACAGUGCUGGGAGAAGCUCCGCCAAGCUUUGCGCGAUAUACACCUUCGUAAUGCUGGCAAGCUUUCCUUCGAACAACUCUACCGAUAUUCGUAUAAGAUCGUCCUUAAAAAGGCGGGUCAUAAGCUCUAUGAUAGGGUCAAGGAAUUCGAAGAACAAUGGUUUGCAGAUGAGUCACCGGAACAAGCGUGGUAGAACGACGUGCCAUGGGUGAGAAGUUCAUAAAGGGGAUCCGUACUUCAUGGGAGAACCACAAUUUUUCGAUGAACAUGAUCGCAGAUGUCCUUAUGUACCUCGAGCGUGGUUAUGUCCAGGAUCAUAGCAGACCCUCGAUUUAUACCACAACUAUCGGCCUGUUCCGCGAUCAUAUCCUCAAAUCAUCCCUCAAACAGGACGGGGUUGACUAUCCCAUAUUCGAUAUUCUUAAUGCCACUAUCAUCGACCAGAUCAAUAUGGAAAGAGAGGGCGAUGUUAUUGAUAAGGCGUUGCUUCACAGCUGUAUUUCGAUGUUUGAGGCUCUCUUCGAAACGGACGAAGAAAAUGACAAUGAGCAGCUUUAUGUGACUACCUUCGAGCCCAUCUACAUCAGCAGCAGUGAGGCCUUCUACCAGGCCGAGUGCGAGAAGCUUCUUCGUGAGGGCGAUGCCAGCGCGUGGCUUAGAUAUACGCAGAGACGUCUUGCCGAAGAGGCCGAACGAUGUCAGACUACGGUUUCUCCGUUAUCUCAACAGAAGAUCACGCAAGUAGUCGAACAGGAAUUAAUUGUUAAACAUAUGGAUGAAUUCCUUGGUAUAGAAGGAAGUGGUAUCAAUGCAAUGCUUGAUAACGACAGGCUCGAGGAUCUUAGCAUUCUUUAUCAGCUCAUAUCGCGUGUCGAUCCGAAAAAGGCUGUCUUGCGCAAGGCUCUUUCUAUCCGGGUUAUCGAACAGGGCACCGAAAUAGAGCAGACACUCAAGAACACCGAUUUCAGCAUAGCGCAACAAGCAGAUGCAGAGGAACCAGCAGAUGGCGCAGAAAAGUCUAAACCGAAGACUUUGAAUGCUGCGGCGCAGCAAACAGCAGCCGCUAUCAAAUGGGUUGAUGAUGUCCUGAUCCUCAAAGAUAAGUAUGAUGGGUACUGGAGAACAUGUUUCGAAGAGGAUCUCAUUUUACAGACGGCAUUAACGAAGAGCUUUGCCGACUUCAUCAACGCAUUUAAUAGAAGUUCGGAAUAUGUCUCGCUUUUUAUUGACGAUAAUCUCAAACGAGGUAUUAAGGGCAAGACUGAGGCUGAAGUUGAUAUUGUCCUCGACAAGGCGAUAACUCUGCUUCGAUAUCUCGGCGAGAAAGAUAAGUUCGAGCAGUAUUACCAAAAACACCUAGCCCGUCGAUUAUUACAUGCCAAAUCCGAGAGUCAAGAGGUCGAGCAAGAGAUGAUUUCACGCAUGAAGCGAGAGCUAGGUAAUAAUUUCACGCAGAAAUUUGAGGGUAUGUUUAGGGAUAUGCGUACCUCUAAAGAGGAGACAGAGAAUUAUCGCGAUCAUAUCCGCGGCCUUGGCGAUGUGGAUGAGAAACAUAUCGAUUUCAACAUCAGUGUUCUUGCCGGCAACAAUUGGCCCAAGGAGAUUAUGGGUCGCACUGGCCUCGCAGAUGGGUCCAGAGGCAAGAUCAUCUAUCCACGUGAGAUCCAGGGACUUCAAGAUAGUUUCUUUAAGUUCUACAGUCUGAACCGAAACGGUCGCGUUCUCACUUGGGUCGCAAGCGCAGGGAGUGCGGAUAUUAAAUGCGUAUUUCCAAAGAUUCCUGGCAAAGCCUCUGGACCCCUCAGCAAAGAGCGUCGCUACGAACUUAAUGUGUCAACAUAUGGUAUGAUCGUGAUCAUGCUUUUUAACGACGUCGCCGAGGACGAAUGGCUAUCGUUUGAGCGUAUCCAGGAAGAAACGAACAUCCCACAGUCUGAUUUGAUCAAUGUGUUGACAUCACUCUCGGUGAUUAAAGCAUACCGCAUUCUCCUAAAGGAGUCGCAGACAAAAGCAGCGGCUAAACCUGGCGAUAGAUUUACAUUCAAUCGCGAGUUUACUAGCAAGGCAAUCAAGAUUAAGGUGCCUUCGGUAAAUGCUGCCAAUAGGGUAGAAAACGACGAGGAGCGUAAGGAGACCGACCAGAAGAAUGAAGAGACGAGAAUGUACGUCACUGACGCUGCUGUCGUCCGUAUAAUGAAGCAACGUAAGGAGCUUGGCCAUUCCCAGCUCAUUACAGAAGUUAUUCAGGUCCUGGCAAGCCGGUUCAAGCCAGAUAUCCCGCUUAUUAAGCGUCGAAUCGAAGCAUUAAUAGCCCGCGAAUACCUUGAUCGAGCGGAGUUAGCCGAUGGCUCUCCGGCCUACCAAUAUGUAGCCUAGCUACUUAUAUAUCUCAUUCUCCAGAGAUUAGCGCCGGAGGGCUCAAUAGCGCGGUGGUCCUCUAAGUAAGAUUAAGCAAGUACUUAGCCAGAAGACGCCCGCAAAAAUACGUG